AUGACACAUCUCGGUCGCUUUACCUGGGAAUUGUCUCGAUUAAAGUUUCCGUUGAUUGGAUCGAUUCUCGAGCAAGAUGACGGAGGCUACAAUGUCGAGGAUUGUCUUUCACCAGGGUACAUUUUCCAUGGGCGUGAGGACCUCGAAGAUGUCCCGCGCGGCCCGUUCUCCCAAGAGUCCAUCUACUACUCCUCGCUGGCGUCCGCUCUCCUUCUACAGGCAGAGCAGCUCCCGAUGCAGCAUCACAUUCUUUUCGCGCCUCUUCCAGUGCCACAAGAGUACCCUGAUUACGCGACAUUCUAUCUCGCUCAAAUGCUCUGGAACGACUACGCCGCUGUGGGAAACAAACCAGAGUCAAGCAGCAAUCGCAUGGCAUACAGCCUCGCGGCGUACUAUUUGCGCGGUGAGAUUGUCUCUCAUGUCAACUUGCCACAAAGCGAGACGAGUCUUGGCUACCCUCUGUGCCACCACGAUCUAAGCACCCAAAAUAUCUUCGUUGACGGCGACUUCAACAUCACUUGUGUCAUCGAUUGGGCGUUCUCGUCGACAGUGCCAUUGGCCCAACUACUCUCCACCCCUGGUCUGCCACAUCCGCGGGAUCUUACCACCGACGCGGCUCUGGUUCACGCCUUCCGGUCAGGAUUUGUUGAAGAAGCAGCCAAGCACAACCUGCCACUUCCAGGGUGGAGACACUGGGAGAUUAGCGACAUGGUCUCUCGCUUCAUGCUCCUCGUCCGCUUCGAUGCAUUGCAGGACUAUCACCAUCUACACUCUCUCCAUCAGCUUGCCUUUGGUCGUUCUUCUUCUGAGACAGACAGUCUUCUGGCCAAAUUACGUGAGAUCAGCAUUCACCCCGACUUGCUUGCCUUAUCAAAGACCUUGCAAGCGGACGACGAACCCGAAAGUGAGAUUAAGAGGCGCAAGACGGAGUACUUUAGUGCUGUCGGGAAGGAACGGUUGGCAUUGGCGGAGAGUAUCAUGCAGCUAUCCCGCCCUGAUCCCUUCUUUGUCGUAGAUAAAGGUGUCUGGACCAAACUCCUUGACGGCUACCCGGUGAACACAAGUGGUGCUACGACAGCAGAAGAAGCCGAGAGACAGAUGGCAAUCUUGCGGGCGCACAUCGGCGAUAUCUUGGCAGCCGGAUUCCCUCAAUAA